GUGGGCGGGACCACGGGGAGGCUCCUGGCAUCCUCGGCAGCCAUUGAUGAAUGUUCAUUCCAAGAGGACGAAUCGACCGAAUCCCCGCGUGUUUGCGUGUUCGUGCGGGUGGCAGCCAUGGUGUCCCACUCUCUCGCGCUGCCCAUGAUCUGCUUCACCACGCUGUGGGCCCUGGUGGGGGUGGUGGCUCCGUUUCUGGUUCCGAAAGGACCGAACCGAGGAGUCAUCGUCACCAGCCUCAUCCUGACGGCCGUCUGCUGCUACCUGUUCUGGCUGGUGGCCAUCCUGGCUCAGGCCAACCCUCUGUUUGGACCUCAGCUGAAGAACGAAACCAUCUGGUACCUGCGGUACUUCUGGGAGUGAUCCAGGCUGUGACGCCUCGUUUCUCUGUGAGGGUUUGCUGGACGUGACCUCGCCGCUCCUCCUCGCCGCUCCUCCUCGCCGCUCCUCCUCGCCACUCCUCCUCGCCGCUCCUCCACGCCGCUCCUCCUCGCAGCUCCUCCUCGCAGCUCCUCCUCGCCGCUCCUCCUCGCCGCUCCUCCACGCCGCUCCUCCUCGCCGCUCCUCCUCGCAGCUCCUCCUCGCCGCUCCUCCUCGCCGCUCCUCCACGCCGCUCCUCCUCGCCGUUUCUCCUCUCAGCAGCAGGAUUUUGUCGCCAUCCUUCAGUUUUUUGCAAACAGCUCAUCUUCAUUCCGAGCAGAGCUCCAAUCACAGCGGAGGAGAGCUAGCCCCUCCCCCUCCUCAGAAACGUGAUGUCAUUUCCUGUGUGAAUUUCCUCUGUUGGAUCAGAAACAUGAUUCUGUGGCUGUGAUUACGUUAGCAUGAACCAUGAUGUUGGCGCUCUUGUUCUGUUUCUGUGAACUAACUGCGGCGGCGGGGGGGGGUGUCACUUAUGUGUAAACCCCCCCUGCAUCUCGCCACUACACUCCGCCUCUCGAGUGGCGCUCCGCAGAGGUCCUGGUUGCCAUGGCGAUCCCAAUUCAGUUCUCCACUCGACCUCCUUUGAUGAGACCCCGCCCAUUCCCGCCACCACGGUGCUGUCGUCCCUUUGUGGGCG